AUGAGCGAGACAGACAUGAGGAUUGACCCAUCACGAGCAUCUGCUCUCCUCUCGCAUUUGCAGAGCGUCAAUGAGAGGAUAGCCGCAGUGGCCAAAGGCCGCGCCGUAAGGCUGGUGGCCGUUUCAAAACUCAAGCCCGCGAAUGACAUUCUCGCCCUCCAUGAAUCCCCCGCCCGGCAGCUGCACUUUGGUGAGAACUACGCCCAAGAGCUGGCCCAAAAAGCCGAGCUGCUGCCCCGGACGAUCCAGUGGCACUUUAUCGGAGGUCUUCAGUCAGGCCGCUGCAAAGACCUCGCCAAGAUCCCGAACCUCUGGUGCGUGUCCAGCGUCGACAACCUCAAGAAGGCGCAGCUGCUCGACAAGUACCGGGGCGAGAAGAUCAAGGCCAACCCGGCCACGCACAAACUCAACGUGCACGUCCAGGUGAACACAUCGGGCGAGGAGUCCAAGUCCGGGUGCGCGCCGGGAGACGAGGUCGUGUCGCUCUGCCGGGCCAUCGUCAACGACUGCCCCCACCUGCACCUGCUGGGUCUGAUGACCAUCGGCGCCAUUGCCCGGAGCGUGGCGACCACGGCCGAGAACGAGAAUGAUGAUUUCAGGCUGCUGAGGGAGCAGCGGGAUCUUGUGGUCAAGGAGCUGGGUCUAGACACGGUGCUGGAGCUGAGCAUGGGCAUGAGCGAGGAUUUUGAGGGCGCCAUUGUUAUGGGCAGCGGGGAGGUGAGGGUCGGGAGUACCAUUUUUGGGCAGCGGCCGGCUAAGUCUGAGGCCAAAAUAGUGACAUGA